AUACGUUUUUGUAUAUACAUGAUGCGUGUGCUUUGUUUUUGCAGCUUUAUUUUGUACGUGGUAUUGAUAGGUUAGUGUUGCUAUAUAGCUAGGUUAGUGUUUUCCCAUGUCCUUGGAAUUUUUGAACUUAUUCACUGUCCAGGCAAUCAUGGACAGCCAACUCUGGAGCCACCAACUGGUUAUUUCUGUCCCAACGUCAACGUCACUUACACUUGUCAUGACAGUAAUGUAACCUCAAUGACAUGGUUUGCUGAAAACAGAAACCGAGGAAUCCCGUAUGUACCAGCAUUUACCAGUAAUGAAUCCAUGAAGAAAUAUGACAGUUUCUACACACAAGCUACCAAUUUCAGUGUGGAUAUUGAGACAGAGAAGUUUAUCAGUGUGACAACUAUUCUGACUGUGAUCACUAGUGGCAUAGAGAAUGGGACAAACAUCACAUGUGUGACCUACAGAGGUGGAUACCCACUGGUUUCCUCUUCAAUCCUCUACUUUGCAGAUCUCCCUCGCUGGAAAAAUACGUUAGUGAUAAUAAUAUGCCCAGAGAAUAACACAGCAGUGCUCGAGCUUGGAGAUAUGUUUGAUGGAGGAGGAGUUCCAAUUGAUCACUACAUUAUUCAAGUGGACAAUGGCACACAGUUUGAAACUCCAGGCCCCACUUACAGUUUUGACAUCAUGUACAAUACUACACUGUCAGUGAACAUCUCAGCCCACAACUGUGCAGGAUAUAGUGAUCUCUUUCCACUUGAGAUACAAUGUAAACGAGAGGAUAUGCCUUCUACGAUUCCUACUACGACAGAAACGCCUAAUGCUGGCCUUUAUGAGCACUGGCUGGUAGUUUUGCUUGUAGUUGGGAUCAUUAUGCUAAUUGUCGUACUGCUUGUAAUAGGAAUUUCUGCACACCUCAUACAAAGGUGUAUAAAACACAGUUAGUUUCAUUAAAUUCACAGGGUAUUGAUUCACAACUUGUCUAUGUAUGUAUAGGAUCAAAACAAAUUCUCUCCAUUGCUACUAAAAUAAGAAUGGUUGACAGUGGGAGUAACACUAGGAUUGACUACCACAGCAAUACUGGAACCCCGGCACCUGCAGAAUACUCCUACAUCCCAGUAUGUGGGUAGUCGUAGCCCUAGACCAUCCCCCUAAAGAGGGAAAAGGUCUAGAGAUUUGCUGUAGUUGUCUAUUGUAUUGACUUGUACUGCAGGCUACCAAAUCAUUCCAUUCCAUUUAGCACGAAGUAUUUUCCAUUUCGGAUUGCACAACACAUGGAUGUACCACGAGUAGCUAGCUAAUAUGUUUCCUCUUGACACCAGGGGAAGUGUGAUGUGGUGGAGAACUCUGCUUAUGGUGUCCAUGUUCAAGGCUCAGCUGGUGAUAGACUGGAGCCAGACUACAACAUGGAGAACAACCCACUGUAUGAGAUGAGGAUACUGUCAAAUGAGGGACACUCACACAAGACACAAACACCAGCU